UUGAUUUAUCUCCAAAACUCUUUCAAAGAUGGCGCUGUCAAGUAUCUUGCAGAGUGAGUUUGCGGAUUUUUCAUUUAAUAAUGACCGGUCUUUGUCAUUACCUUGUGGACUUGGUCAAGUCAACUUGGGCUUUGGCGCUUCCCCAGGGGAUAGUCUUAACUUCUCAAUAAAAGCUUCGCUUGGUCCUGAUGACGAAGACGGCCCAGAGAGGAAAAUAGAAUUUCUCCAUGGGACCACCACAUUAGCAUUCAAAUUCCAGCAUGGCGUUAUCGUAGCGGUGGACUCGCGGGCCACUGCUGGUGCCUACAUCGCCUCCCAGACCGUGAAGAAGGUGAUAGAGAUCAACCCCUACCUGCUGGGCACCAUGGCUGGAGGGGCAGCUGACUGCAGCUUCUGGGAGCGCCUGCUGGCCCGCCAGUGUCGCGUCUACGAGCUGCGCAACAAGGAACGCAUCUCCGUGGCAGCCGCCUCCAAGCUGCUGGCCAACAUGGUCUACCAGUACAAAGGCAUGGGCCUCAGCAUGGGAACCAUGGUGUGUGGCUGGGACAAGAGAGGGCCAGGGCUGUACUAUGUGGACUCCGAGGGGAACCGGGUGUGUGGGGAUCUGUUUGCAGUGGGCUCUGGCUCCAUGUAUGCCUAUGGAGUGGUGGACAGUGGGCUGAGGCAGGAUCUGUCUGUAGAGGAGGCCUGUGACCUGGGUCGCAGGGCCAUCUACCAGGCCACCUACCGAGACGCCUACAGCGGAGGACAGGUCAACCUGUACCACGUCCACAGCCAGGGCUGGACCCGAGUGUCUCAGGAUGAUGUUCUGAAGCUGCACCACCAGUACCAGGAUGAGAAGAAAUAGAGCGGUAGAAGUAAUGAGCAAAGGAGGGAUAGGAAUGAAGCGAGGACAUCUGUUUCUCUGUCAGGAGAGUUUGAGAUCUGUCAACGUUAGGCAAGUGUGGUAUGGGUCAAGCAGUUGCACGUCUGUUGCGAUUUACUUGUUAGAUUGUUCCAAUGUGAUGCUGUCUAAUUUAAAAUGUCAACAUUUGUAUCCAAAAGUGGGCUGCAGUUCCCGUGCACACAAUGUUUUGGGG